GCAUUGAGAAUUGUCAAAAAUUGGAAAAUGGCCGCGAAACAAAAUCCUGUUGUUCAAGAAGAACAAACAACAUCUGAUGAUAUUCCAUUGACGUCGUUAGAAGAAAGCUUGUUCAGCUCGGAAAAACUUGAUCGUGCAUCUCCAGAAUUGUGGCCGGAGCAAAUUCCUGGAGUUUCGGAAUUUGCCCCCCCGCCGAGUAACAACCAAUCUCCUCCGUUGUGGGCUCGAGGAGCUACCAAGGAAGAUUUUACCUAUAUGCAACAAUUGGGGUCACUUUCUACUAGUGGACUUAUAAUGGAAGUUAAGAAGCUACAUGACCUUGCUUAUCAACUUGGGCUCGAAGAGGCUAAAGAAAUGACAAGAGGGAAGUAUUUAAAUAUAUUUGCUUCCAGGCGGCCAAGAGUAUACUAUUCAAAACCAAAUGCCAAAUAAUUAAAUAUCAAAUCUAGUUUAUUAAUCAAUUAUUUCUAAAGAUACUUAUGAAAGGUGAAACAUGUCAUGUCACAGUUUAUGUGUAAUUGUUGCUUACAAGCGUCCAUCGAAUUUUUAAAUACAAAGUAGAAUUACUUUGUCUCAAAAAAAAAAAAGAAUUAUUUUGGAACUUGAUAAUCAUAUCAUUUGGUUUGUAGGUGUUUUCUCUGCCCUGCAGGGAUUUGUCUGGUUAUGUAGUAAAUGUAAAAUACUAAGCUGUCAACUAUGAGUUAUCUAUCGUGACAAAAAGGAAAACAUUCUGUUUAUAGUGAUCAAUAAAUUGAUAUUUAAUUAUUUGUUAUGGACUAUGGGUAUAGUUGGCACAGUGGACCCGCUGACAACAGCAGUGUCAAAUAUAGGGACCUAUAGUACCUAAUAUUUAAUAAGUUAUAUUUUGACUAAUAUUUGUUAUGUAAAAAUUAAACUUGUAUGUAACU